GCAUUGACAUUUCAACCGAACGAAGGGAUCCAAAACUGACAAAAGCGGACACAUAACCUGAGCUCAGAUUAAUUUAUGGGUGAAACACAACAAUUCUGAUUUCAACGGGAUAUAACAUCAGAUGCUCGUGAUUUGCCAGGGAUUGCCUCUCUUCACUUGCAACCCUUUGGAAAAACGUUUUUUUUUUUUACCUGAAAUAACAAAGGGUAUUUUUUCAAAGAGAACUACAACUGGGUGAUUAAUAAGCAUACAAACUUACCAAAAAGGAAUUCAGCGGCGGAGCAGGAUGCCUCAGAAAGGAAGGCAUUAAGUAGUCAGCAGCAGAUGAGGGGCUAAAUUGUUUUAAAGCGGACAGUCAACUCUGUUUCCAGAAUACCACAAUCAAGCCGCGUGGGAGUCUGGUGUGGCGUCGAUGAUGCAGAACAAGGUGUAUGACGUCUGUGAUGAAGGUCACAGCGGCGUGAACCAGCUCGGUGGUGUAUUUGUUAACGGAAGACCCUUGCCGGACUCAACCAGACAGAAAAUCGUUGAGCUCGCACACAGCGGUGCGCGGCCGUGCGACAUCUCCAGGAUCCUGCAGAUGCAUGUUGAUGCAAAAGUCCAAGUGCUGGACAAUGAACACGUGUCGAAUGGGUGCGUGAGUAAGAUCCUGGGCAGAUAUUAUGAGACUGGCUCCAUCAGACCACGGGCGAUUGGAGGUAGCAAACCACGAGUAGCGACGCCCGAAGUGGUCGGUAAAAUAGCACAGUACAAAAGGGAGUGUCCCUCAAUCUUCGCCUGGGAAAUUCGUGACCGACUACUGUCAGACGGCGUGUGCACCAACGACAAUAUACCUAGCGUGUCGUCGAUAAACAGAGUCCUUCGCAACCUGGCUAGCGAAAAGCAACAGAUGGGUGCAGAUGGCAUGUAUGACAAGCUGAGAAUGCUCAACGGGCAGACGGGGACGUGGGGAACCCGCCCAGGGUGGUACCCAGGAACUUCUGUACCCGGGCAACCUAAUCAAGAUGGAUGUCAGCAGCAGGAUGGUGCAGGAGAAAACACAAACUCCAUAAGCUCCAACGGAGAGGACUCAGAUGAAACACAGUUGCGGCUCCAGCUGAAGAGAAAGUUGCAGAGAAAUCGGACAUCAUUUACACAAGAGCAGAUUGAGGCCCUGGAAAAAGAAUUUGAAAGAACUCAUUAUCCAGAUGUUUUCGCAAGGGAAAGAUUGGCAGCCAAGAUUGAUUUACCAGAGGCAAGAAUACAGGUGUGGUUCUCAAACAGGAGAGCAAAGUGGAGGCGAGAGGAGAAGCUGCGGAAUCAGCGCCGACAGGCGAGCAACCCCUCCAGUCACAUCCCCAUCAGCAGCAGCUUCAACACCAGUGUCUACCAGGCCAUUCCACAGCCCACAACACCAGUGUCUUUCACAUCAGGGUCCAUGUUAGGCAGAUCAGACACAGCCCUCACAAACACAUACAGCGGAUUGCCUCCCAUGCCAAGUUUCACAAUGGCCAACAACCUGCCUAUGCAACCCAGCCAGACAUCCUCCUACUCCUGCAUGCUGCCCACGAGUCCCUCUGUGAAUGGGCGGAGCUACGACACGUACACACCCCCUCAUAUGCAAGCACACAUGAACAGCCAAUCAAUGGCCCCUUCUGGUACCACCUCAACAGGACUCAUCUCCCCAGGAGUAUCUGUUCCAGUCCAAGUUCCAGGCGGCGAGCCUGACAUGUCUCAGUACUGGUCAAGACUACAGUAAAGAGAAGAGCUACUUCACCCUCUGACUUUCUCACGAGGCAUCUGAGACAUAGCCACACACCGCGCGCUCUCUCUCUCCGGCAGUAUUCUGUGUACAUGUCAGCACGCGCACACACACGCACACACACACACACACACACACACACACACACACACACACACACACACACACACACACACGACACACACACACACACACACACACACACACACACACACACAAGCACACACACACACACACACACACACAGACAAUGGCAAAGGAGGACCUGGAGUGGACAAUUUCAUUUUGGGAUUGUGCGCUGUUCUGUGACUUUUGGGACUUGGGAAAACUUGAAAAAGAGAAAACAAAACAAAGGCAAAACACGGAGGGAAAGGAAAAUAAACAAACUUGGCCUUUCAUGGAACAAACAAACAAACAAACAAACAAACAAAAUCAAGCGUACCGACAUUUUUUCAGUUUCCAUCUUUUUGGUGUAUUUCUAUAGUUCCAUUUCUAUGUUAUGACGUAAACAUGAGAACAACUCUGGACGGACAGCUGGGAGUCCUUGUUGGUCUUUCAUUGACUCACACUGGCUGGAACCCUGACUAUCUGUCCCAUGGCUUCUUAGUAAGCUUAUAUCAAGAACCUCUACCAGACUUUUGCACAGAUGCAUAUCAGCCCAGUUCAGCUGGAGUGAAAGACACUGUUUGUAAGCUCAUUUAUGUGAACUGGUUGGUUUCCCUCUCCAAAAAACAAUGUUUGCAUAAGGAUGUCCCCAUUUCAACCUACCCAUAUUGGCUUUUGUCCUUAUCUUUGGUUGCAUUCAAAUACAUUGUGUAUUCUAUGGACAGUGGCAUUAUUAAGUAAUAUCAUUUUGCUUUGGGGUUGUAACAAGCCUCGGGUCAAGUGCAAGCGCAAAAGUUGUGUUGGGUAGAUUGAGUUUGGGCAAACUGUCUGUCUGUGCUGAGCAAUAACAUUGAGGGGAAAUGUGGGAGAAAAAUGAUUGCUCAUUGGUAGACUGUGGCAUUGAUAUAAUCCAACUUGUUUAUGUCCAAUUGUAAGUAUUUGUCUUCCCUAGGAAUCUCCCUAAAUAAUUUCUACAAUAAAAAGUUACUUUCA